AUGGCUGAGGCCCCGCUGCCUCCAGGCCUUGAGGGUGCGCAGGACUGGGCGCGCGACUACGCCGCCGCGAAUCCGUCCGAGGCGUUUGAGCUCGUAUUCGGCCGACCAUCUCCCGAGACCCUUCCCGCGCUCGUCAUCCCGCAGCUCCUCUCACCCGAGGAGGUGAAGCAGUGCUUCAGUGCUGGAAGCGAGGUCGGCAGCAGUAUUGAGCCGUUCGCCACCAGCAGCUGGCUGUGCGCCGCACUUCGCGCCACGCCGCACGAUAUCGGCUACUCGGGAGAGCACGUGGCGCUGUACCUCCACAAGGGCGGCUACCUCCAGACCAAGCAGCCGGCGCUUUGCGACAAGCUGCUGCACUCAAUGCGCAGACAGCCCGGCAACUGGGGCGACCCGGCCCUCGCCCUCCAGGUCCGCUGCAUCGAGCUGCACACCUACGCCGUCGGCGGAGGCGCGUGCGCCACUGAACAACGCCUGUUGGAGCCGGGCCACCGCGACAACGGCUCCAAGCUGUCGAUGUCGGUCCUCCUCUCCGACGCAGCGACCACCGGCUUGGAGGGCGGCCAGAUCGUCACGCUUCCCAUAGAGAAGCACUUGGCGGCGUUCUGCGACCCGAGCGAGGCGCUUCGCUCCCUGCACCACACCGCUCUCGCCUCGGCAGGCAAGAACCCGGCGCACAACGUGGCGACGGUGACGAGCGGCAUGCGCCAAUCCCUCGUGAUCGAGCUGUGGGUCGGACCCACAAACACGAAGGAUCGGGAGAGCUGACGGAGGCGGCUGUGUUCGCACGGCAAGCCGCGUGGCGCGAUGCGCGGACAAUGGCCUCCUCCAUCGGCCGGGAGCGGCGCGGAGCGCUUCGAGGUGUGUUGGGCACGCUGCACCUUCCGCCCUCGCUCCGAGACGUCUCGCACGCCUUCGGCGCGCGGGGGUGUGUGCGUGGACUGUCGCUGUGGGCCUCUGAGGUCUGAGUACUGAUACUGAAAGUCGUGUCUCCGGGUGACUCGUCGCUAUGUGCACGUCUCAGCGUCUCCGCGGCGGCGGCCCGGCGGCGGCCCGGCGGAGCGCGGUCAGAGCAGGGUUGUUGUGCGACGGAGUACCUAGGUAUCGGAGUAAUAUUGCUACUUUAUACUGA